GGGCUCCAUGGGUUAAAGCCUGGCUACCGGGCCCUUGCCGUCGUGCCCCCCCUCCGGCUCUGUAGCCGGGCGUUCCCUCAUCCGGGCGAGGAAACGCCAAGGCCAAAGUUUUUAAUCAUCAUCGGGGUCUUAGUAAAAAUGCUGCCACAUAAAAAUGUUUUCCAGACGUCGACUGAAACUGAUCCCAGUAAACCUUCAACAUUUUCUCCUGCUCCAAUCAGAAACGUUGCAUUUUCCUCUGAUUGUUUGUUAUCAGUUUUCCGCUGCAGCGUUUCCCACCGCUGUUCCUCCCACCUUUUGUUUCUGGGUUUAGAUGAAACUGAUGAGACUUUAAAACUCACCACAGAUUCAGGCUGCAGAUGUUCAACACAUCUGGUCAAAAUAAUUACACAAAGUUUUCCAGUAAAGCAAAACUUCACCUACUUUCUUAAUGUCUGUUUUUCUUUUAACCCACUUUAUUCAAUUUGUAACUCAGUCUAUAAUUAAAUUACUACUAUUACUCUUUCUGUUGUUUUCCUUUGUGUUUUGGGUUUUAUUAUUACCAAAUGUUUUACUCUGAUUUGUUCAUUGUUGUUAGAAUCAUUCCUUUCUGUUUCAUUUCUUACUUAUUUCUCGUCUUCAUCCCUCUGUGACAUUUGCUUUGUUCUGUUGAAUAAGUUUGGGACUUUUUAAACGUUUAUCAUUUUGAGUUGAACUCCAUGUUGCUGCUGAUGAGUUUUCUGUUCGUUACUCAGAUUGGACUCACCUGGAUCUGUUCUCGUUCUCCAGCUGUUCCUCGCUGCUGAAUCUUCUGUUCAUUGUUUCUUCCUGGAUUUUUCUGUUUUGCUCCUCCAGUUUUUAUGCCGUCCUCAUUUUAAACUUUGAACUACCCAGGAUGUGAUGUCAUUUUGUGCUGCCCACCCAUAUAUUUGUUGGCAGAACCGUCCAGAACCGUCCAGAACCUGCAGCAUCCAGAGCAAAGAUGGGGAAAGUGAACUUCUGGCUUAAGUUAGUUUUUAUCCUCUUCAAUGUGUUCUUCAUGGUCUUGGGGUUCAUGAUGAUAUACGUUUCCGUGAAGUCCGUUUCCUCCAACUACAAGGUUUCUGGAUUUAAUGGCAUCGACCUGUUAAAGGUUUGGGUGUUUGCCCUCAUCAUCCUCUUCAUCGCUGGCCUGGGAAUCUACGCCGCCAUCGCAGAGAACAACAUCGCCCUGAAGAUCUUCGCAGGUUUGACGGUAUUCAUGAUGGUCAUCUAUCUGGUUAUGGGGGUUUUAUUCACCAUCUAUAGAGAAGUGAUAACAGAUUAUUUCAACAAAUCUGACAAAGAAUUGAUGAAUCUCUUGAUUAACGGGACCCAGUCUGAAGGAAUUCAAAGAGAAGGCAAAUGCUGCGGCGUGUUGCGUGCAGAAGACUGGGGUACGAAAAUCCCAGAGUCCUGCAAAUGCACAGCAACUGGACCGGACCUGAAAUCGAAAUGCAAACCCAGACCUCAGGGAACCGAGGGUCCAGAUCUGAUCUUUUCUCAGUCCUGCAAAAACUUAUUUUUAAUGGCAGUUAGAAUGGUUCCGACUGUUGCCAUGGCGCUGUUCUACGGAUUUGUUUGCAUCGAAGUUCUGCUUCUGGCGCUCAGCUUCCUCCUGAUCCAUCAAAUCAAAAAAUCCGACUCUGGACGCUCUUUCACAUGAGGAACCUUGAAAGUCACACUUUCUUUCUGUCUUUUCAAGAAAAAAUAAAUCCGUCAUCAACUGA